AUGUCUGACAUACCCGACAUCGUCUCCCUUUGCUCCCACGUCCUCUCCGGCAACUUGGACCAGGACACGUUCCACCCGCCAGACCCGUCCACGGGUCUUUUCACAGCGGCCACGUACGCUUGGAAAACCGAGACGCUCAGGCUCUUUCUCGGCCAGAAUCCGCUGGCACGGGCUUACAAAGUCACUGUCUCGAUUGACUCACAUGGAGAAACAGCAGCCGGUGCAGUCGUCAAUGGAGACGACACGACGACCGGACCGCGGCAAUUAGUGGCCGUGGCGGUGUGGGAGGCACCAAAGACUUGCAUACAGUCGCCAUCAGAGACGGAACGCCAUGCCGAGUACGAAAGGCUGAGAAAAUUGGCCUCGUUACCUGCCCAAUCCCGGGCGGAUGUUUUUGAAGAGGUGAUGAACAUGAUGGCUAGGACAAAGAAACAAGUUUGGGGAGACCGGGGAGAUUGUUGGUAUCUACGACUCCUCCUCACAGAGCCGGAAUACAGGAAACGCGGCUAUGCAAGACAAUUGGUCAGCUGGGGUAUCAAUCAGGCCGACGCGCAGCGACUCCCUAUCUAUCUCGUCUCGACGCCCCACGCGGUCGAGUUCUACAGGAAGGUUGGCUUUGACGUCCUCGGUGAGAGUUCGCACUUCGACGGCAAAUAUGCCUACUUUUACUGCCGGAGAGCUGCCGCCGAAGAAGACUCCACGGAGCGGUGCAACACGACGGAUCAAGGAGGGAUUGAGUCUCCACCUCUUUCGGGCAAACCGAGCACUUCUGCUUCUUGUGGGUAG